AUGUCGAAUGAACCUUUACGUGCUUUAAUAAGGGACGAAAUUAAAAAUAUUGUAUCAUCAGAUAGUAAAAAAGGUCCAGUUAGAAGGAGAGGUUCUUCCAGAGAUGAGGAAACUUCAAUUAGAAAGUUUGGUUCUACGAGAGAUGAAAAAGCGGUGGAAUUAAUACGUAAUGAAGCACGUAAAGUUGCUAAGGAAGAAUUACUAAAAUAUUCUCAGGAUAAACUUAAUAGACGUGAUUUCGCUUUACAUUCAGGUGGUGCAAAAAUUAUCUCUAAAUAUACUAGUAAAACUUAUGAACAAUGGCCUAAUGAAUGGUAUAAAAAAACUCUCGCUUAUGUUACUGGUAAAGGUAUCACUCGUGGUAAACCUCCGGUAACAGCAAUUUCUCAUGAUACUAAUGUUGGUCAAUGUUGGCCACUUUCUGGUCAAGAGGGUCAAUUAGCUAUAUUUCUUGAUAGAAAAGUUUUUGUUACAGCUGUUACUUAUGAUCACAUUAGUAAAGACAUUGCUACAGAUGAUGUAUUAUCUGCACCAAAAGAUUUUGAAGUGUGGGGAAUCAUUGAUGAUGGGACUGUAAAAAUUGAUACUAAUGGCGAAUUACAUUUGGGUAGUUCCCCUCGUCAUUUAUAUUUGGGUAAAUUUACUUAUGAUAUUAAUGGUUUACCCAUACAAACUUUUGAAGUACCCGACCAUAUUUUAAAGUAUAACAAACCUAUAAGAGCUAUCAUCAUGAAGAUAAUUAGUAAUUGGGGUAAACCUGAAUAUACUUGUCUUUACCGUUUCAGAGUACAUGGUGAUCCUGCUUUACCUACUGUAUCUGCUUCUGAUCCUAAAAUAAAAUGA